AUGGCUCUAACAUCAUGGAAAGCCUUCAACUUCUUCGACGUCUCAUCCGUCAAGCUACCUGAAGAGAGCUCAUCAAUAUUCAAUUCCGAUAUUUCCUCGCUUUGUACUGGCUCAUCGAAUCUCUUCCUUGGAUCCACCGAUGGCUUUGUCCACCUCAUCUCGCCUUCCUUCAAGCUCAUCCGAUCGUUCAAGGCAUCCGAGGGCGGCCCCAUAACACAUAUCAAACAGAUAGACGGAACAUCACUCCUGGUUACGAUCGCAGAUGAUGCCCCAAAUGAACCAGCUUUGAAGGUUUGGGCUCUGGACAAGACGGAGAAGAAAACGGGAGCCCCUAAGUGCCUAUCAACGACCCCGGUGCAGAAUGCUAGAAGACCAUUCCCAAUAUCUGCGUUUACGGCCGUACCCGACCUGUCGCAGGUCGCCGUGGGCUUUGCCAAUGGUUCCGUGGCGAUUAUUCGUGGCGACUUGAUUCACGAUCGCGGCGCACGGCAACGUAUUGUAUUCGAAUCAGAAGAACCGAUAACUGGACUGGAAAUACACAAUGGCCCGACAACUAUCCUUUAUAUCUCUACAACGAACCGAAUAUUAGCGUUGGUUAUUGCUGGUAGAGGACAGGGCCAACCAGCCCGAGUUCUCGAAGACACGGGCUGCGCUCUCGGCUGUAUGGCUUUGGACAAAGACAACGGUGACGUUCUUGUGGCCAGAGAGGAUGCCAUUUAUACCUAUGGGCCGCAUGGGCGCGGGCCUAGCUACGCCUUCGACAGUCCUAAGAAUUCUAUCAACAUCUUCAAGGAUUAUGUCGCACUGGUUUGUCCUCCAAAGGUCGCAACUUCGAACUCGGGUACUUUGCGAAACUUCGAUGUCAGUCAGCCUAAUGAUAUCUUCAGCACAACCACCUUUACGUUGCUGGAUACGGAUCUGAAGUUCAUUGCACACUCGGAGGCCCUCGUGUCCCCUGUAAAACAAGUAUUCAUUGAGUGGGGCGAUCUGUUCAUUCUCACUACUGACGGGAAGAUCUACCGCUAUCGUGAGAAGAGCUUGCAACAAAAACUUGAGAUUCUCUACCAGCGCAGUCUCUACAUAUUAGCUAUUAAUUUGGCACAGAAGAAAGGUGUCGACACUUUGCAGCAGAAUGCCAUCUACCGUAAAUACGGCGACUUCUUGUACCAGAGGGGUGACUAUGACACAGCCAUGCAGCAAUACCUCCGCGCCAUUGACAACACAGAGCCAUCACAGGUCAUUCGAAAGUAUCUGGAUACGCAGCGUAUCCACAAUCUAAUCGAGUACCUUGAAGAGUUACACGACCAUGAUCGUGCCACAGUCGACCACACCACAUUACUCUUGAACUGCUACGCUAAGCUCAAGGACACAGGCAAAUUAGACGAGUUUAUAAAAGCUCCCGGAGAAUUAAAGUUCGACUUGGAAACCGCUAUUGCCAUGUGCCGUCAGGGCGGCUACUAUGAGCAAGCCGCUUACCUGGCUACAAAGUACGGCGAAAACGACAUGGUUGUUGACAUACUAAUUGAAGACUCAAAGAAGUAUGCAGAGGCUGUGGAAUAUAUCUGGAGACUUGAUCCUGAACUGGCCUACUAUAACCUUAUGAAGUAUGCUCGUGUUCUCCUCUCCAAUUGCCCACAGAGAACGACCGAGCUUUUUAUUGAAUACUACAAGGGAAAGUACAAACCCAUCACGGAAGUUCAGAAUCCACCCGAGCCACAGGCGCAGUCUACUAGCACACUACAAAGCCUGGCCGCUUUCCUUCCUCUCCCUUUGAUGAACUCUAGUGCAGGCACCAAGACGACAGCCACCGAGCCUUCGCCCGAAGUAGAGGACAAGGCAGAAGAUGAUACUCCGGUUUACCAGAUCCCCAAGCCCCGAACUGCCUUCUCUGCUUUUGUGGGCCAUCCUCAAGAGUUUAUUACAUUCCUAGAGGCGCUUAUCAAGCAAGACGGCCUGAAAGAAGAAGAUAAGGUGGACCUUUACACGACACUAUUCGAGAUGUACCUGGAUACGGCAUCUCGUAAGAAAGCCACGAUCGAGAAGGAAGAAUGGGAGACUAAAGCCAAGAGACUUAUCGAGGGCAAGGAUAUCCCAAUCUCCACAUCCAGCGUCUUGUUACUCUCAGAUCUUUCGGGCUUUCGAGAGGGAUCGACUCUGGUGCGGGAGCAGGAAGGUCUUCGUUCUGAUAUUUUCCGCUCAUUUACGUCUGCAAAGGAUACACGCGGAGCUAUCCAAGCGUUGAAGAAAUAUGGCCCGCAAGAACCCCAGUUGUAUGUUGAUGCUUUGACUUAUUUUGCUUCAAGCCCGAAGAUCCUUGAAGAGGCAGGCGAGGAGUUAGAUGUUGUUCUCAAACACAUCAAUGAUGAGGGACUCAUGUCGCCGCUCCAAGUCAUCCAAGCGCUCAGCAACAACGCAGUGGUCACUAUGGGCCGAGUAAAGAAGUAUCUGAGUGAUAACAUCGAGCGAGAACGGAAAGAGAUAUCGACUAAUCGUCGUUUGAUUUCCAGCUAUAGCACAGAAACGGAGACCAAGAGGAAGGAGCUUGAACAAUUAGGUAGCAAACCAGUCGUUUUCCAAGCUCGCCGGUGUGCACUUAAGUCCUGCGGUGGAAUUUUGGACCUUCCUACGGUUCACUUUCUCUGCAAGCAUUCUUUUCACCAACGGUGUCUGAACAAGGUCGAUGAGGAAGCCGAGUGUCCAGUCUGCGCCCCUCAGAACUCCACUAUCAGAGCCAUCCGCAAGAGACAGGUGGAGUCAGCGGAUCAACAUGAACUUUUCAAAGGGGAGCUCCAACGGUCGAAGGAUGGCUUUGGGGUCAUCAACUCCGACGACGAGGACGAUCCGUUGGCAGCGGACUUCCCACCCCCCGCCAACCCGACGCAUCCAGUUGACAACGAUAACGCCUUCAAUUCAGUCGCACAAGAUGUCCCUAUAACAGCCCAAGUACAGGAGCCCAACCACCCAAUCUCAAUCAACUUCGAUGUGUUUCUUCAAUCCCAGGAAACAGCGCCAAAUGGACCAUCGUCCUCCCAGCAACGGAGAGAAGAAAGAUGGAUCCCGAAUGAAGCGGGGGGCGGCGGUUCGAUAGGGUCAAUGAUGACACAGAUUGGUCUCGCGCAGCAACGGCUCUUCGACGAUGAUGAUGCUCAAAACGCCAAUCGGCAUCUUCCCCCACAUACUACCCUUGAAUCGGAACCGAUACAGCCCACUUUACCACAUAUGGAUGAUAUACAUCUCGUCCCGUCUAUCGGCAUCAAUGGUCCACAGCAUUUAGAAUGCAAUAGACUCGGGGGUGGGAGGGAAUAUAUGUACCAAACAAACGACACAGUCACCCACCAAUACGAACCUCUCACACGUACGGAACAACACCAUCCUCAAAGUCUCCUGAGCAAUGACUUCUCCCAGUCCGCGGAGUCAUACAAUCUCUUCGAAUCAUCAUUACAACCCUCCCGAAGUUCUAAUCCCGAUCCAAUAUCCUUCUUGAGACCCGACGACGCCUUGCAGAUCGACCUGCAAAAUGGUGCCCGGAGGUGGAACUCCAUGCAAGGAAUGCUCUCUUCACCGCACGACACCGAACCGAACUCUUCAUUAUUGUCUCCCAAAGCCGUUCGCUCGCAAAGUGACAAUGCGGUCUCAAACGUUGUUCUAGUUUCACACCACGAAGUACAGCAACAUGCAGAGUCCCCCAAUCAGCUACCUCAUCCUGUCACUAUUGAAACACCCACAGAACCAAAGAAACGAGGUCGUCCAAAGAAGCAAAAUCCAGCGGAAAUUGUUGAAACUCCAGACCUUCCACGUCCAGCGAACCAGGGCAGUAGCGAAGCAAAUAAUACUAAACCCGAGAAGCGCAAGCCAGGCCGGCCACCCAAGAAUCCAAAGCCUGACGCAGAGCACAAUGACGUUUCGAACAUCGAUGAUCAAUCCGCCCACCCAACCAUAAUACCAGAACCACAAAUUCCUCCAAAUGAGCCAGAACUCCCUAGUCUUUCAGCCGAUAUACCCCAAAACCACGCAGCAGGAACCACCAACUUCCACAUCGAGAUACCCAACCAACAAUCCCCACCACAACAAGCACCCACGGAAACCCUACAAACUCGGGAACCAGCACCAAAAGAACCAAAAAAGAAGAAACUAAAACGCGGCAAAACCACCUCCGUAACCCUCCAGAAAACCUACGACCCAGAUAUCGAAGACGACGUAAUAUGGAUCGACGAUGCUCCACCAAAGCCCGUCAUUCUCCAGCAAGAACAACAUCCUCUAACCAGCGGAGUUUCACACCCUACAGUCCCUACUAAUAGCGAACAAACCCCACCAGAUAAUACAACAGGACAAACUGAGCCAGCUCCGCAACCUAAGAAACGCGGACGCAAGCGGAAGAAAACCUCCGAUCCGGUGAUCGAGGAGGAACCAAGAGACAAGAUAGGGAAAUGGUCGGAUACCCAUGUCGAACAAGAUCAACAGACUGUCUCGGUCACGGUCGACAAUACUACGAAUACGGCAGUCGACCAGAAUACCGUCGAUAGUUCAGAUAGCAUUGAUGUAUCGUGCGAUCUGCAGGCUGGUUCGGAGAAUACUCAUUCUGAAUCGACACCCGUGUUGCCUACACACAAGAACCCGCCCGAAACACCCAAGAAGUCUGGUUCGGAGCCGAAAACACCCUCUACGGCUCCCGGGGCGGCGGAUACAGAUGCUUCAGGCAACGGUGCGAGCAAAGGCCCCGGCAAACACAGUCCAAUCUCCACGGGGAAAGUGCCCUAUCGCGUUGGAUUGAGUCGUAGAGCCAGGAUUGCUCCGUUGUUGAAGAUUGUUCGGCGGUAA